AUGAGCCGCAUAAGGCCUAGAUCUGACACUCUGCGACCUCAAAUCACAAGAUCAAGGACUGGCAGCUUUUCGGCUCUCCAAAAUUCUCAAAUAAACAUAUCAUCCGAAACAGCUCGGAAUUCUUCAGUUGACCACAAAGAAGCAUUUUCCUCAAACUUAUUGUCUAAUCUUCUCAAGCUGAACCAGCGCAGCUCCAGCGUAUUCAAAGAAAAUAUCAAACAUUCUGAUCAGCCUACUCCAAAGGAAUCAUUUCUUGCUAAAAAAGAGCGGUUGAAACGCCCACUUCGCACCUUACUGGCUCCGAGUCUUCCUAGACCAAAUAUCUAUAUUGCUCCCGUUCAGAACAGUUUCUAUGAGUAUCUUGAUAAGAUGGAACCUCUCCUCCAUGAUAUGGAUGAAAUGAAAAGGCAUAUUUCAAUACCCCACAAUUUUUUCUAG